AUUCGCUGUACCACGACCUUACCACCACCCAGAAAACGAGCACUACGCCCUUUGAAGGGGCAACAACAUGUCAUCCAACGAGCUCAUUGAUGCCCAGUUUGACCGUGCAGUUGAGAUUGUCCAGGGAUUACCCAAGACUGGACCCAUCCAAACAGACUAUGAGGAGAAACUGACAAUGUACAGCAAGUCACCGCGGCCAGCAAUGUGGGACAUGCUGGGGCGUGCAAAAUGGGAUGCUUGGGCUAAGCACAAGGAUUUGGACUCAUACGAAGCCAAGUGGCUGUAUGUAGACGCCCUUCUCAAGGUCUUGCGCAAAUACUCCGACAAAACAGUUACAAAGAGCCUUGUUGAGGAACUCGAGGCGUAUGGUGGUGACCCUUUCAAUCUUGUUAUGAGUGGAACCAUGUCAAGAUCCCGGGUGUCCUCCUCGUCUAGUUCUACUGCUUCAGAUGAAGUUCGCGGAUCACCUUACAUUCAUCAAAAUCAAUCACAUUCUAUCCAUAGCCAACAACGAGAAGAGACAGAUUCCGGUUCCGAAGUGGACGAUAGCGCAGAUGAAGCCGGCGAACUUCCCAACCUAUCUCCCGAGCAAAUAGAGAUGCCUCAACCGAACCGACCCCAAUCCUCACUUUCCUCUCAUCGGUACCGAACACCCAUGACCGGAUCCCUUGCCAUGUCUCCUCCUCCUGUUCACGGCGGUGUCCCCUCACCGUCGUCUGUAUAUCCCACGAGCCAAUUCUCUCAGUCGUCUCGAAAUGAAGUGACUGGCUCGCCACAUAUAUACCCCUCCCACCCCCAAUACCGCGGGCAAUCACAACCUAUUCUUAUGCCUCAGUUUGGACCUUACGUACCAGUGAGACCUGCAACGCGGCCUACACUUGAGCGUGCUGUCGAAAACGUGCAGGCACAGUUGGCCGCCAUGAGUGAACGCAUCGAGUCAAUUGAAUCCAUCUAUCUGCUAAGCUCUCGAUCUCAUUCUUCUCUCGGCGGACGUAGGCUCAGCCCCAGUUGGACAGGACCUCGGGGCAGUCCAGGCACAGGCCCAGAAUGGGACUUUGAUGAUUUGGGGAUGUGGUCUUUGGUGUUGAAUCCUAUCUCUAGAGGGAUCGAGCAGCUUCGUGAGUUUGCAAAGUUCUUCUCCAAGAACGAGAAUCGAUCACCCUCUGCCAUAAUUUUACGACGUCUGUGUCUGGACGCGUCUUUCUUGUUAUGUGUCCUUGCUUUUGUGAGGAUCCUGUGGAGGAAGAGCGGUGUGAGGAGAAGGGAAGUCUAUGCUGCGCUGGUCGUCCUGUGGAAUGCUAUACUUGGGACCAAGCAUAGGACUAUGGUGGAUAAGGGUGUCUAAUUGAUGCUUUUACGUUUGACGAUUUUGUAUAUAUGCGGAUAAGGAUCACGAUCUACAAUGGAAUUAUACCUCGUACCAAGAGCUGCCAGUGAUU